AUGAUUAUAAUCAAGUUUGUUACUAAUCUUUAUAGCAUUGUUUCUAAUUAUUCAAAAUAUCUUAUAACGGAGUUUGAAGAUGGCCUUCAAAUUAUUCCAAAAAAUUGGCUCAUAAAUGAAAAACAAGCCAAGUACCCGCCAGUCAUGAAUAUUUUAAAGUAUGAUAAAAUGUGCCGAACAAUGUAUGAACCUUCAAAUUCAUGGACCAUUGUUGAUAUUAUCAGAGUAUUAGCUUCAUAUGAUGAAUUUUUGAAAGCUAAACGUAAAUUGAGGGAGGCAGAGUACAAAACAGAUUUAGAAAGUGAUGAUGCAGAUAAAGCAAAAAAAUUCCGAAAAAUAAAAGCUGCUAAAAUAAACUCGGAUUCUGAUGAUUCAAUUUUUGAAACUCAAAAAAUAACAACAAGUCUAAAAACUCCAUGUGCACCUCCUCAAUUAAAACUCUCAAAACAUAUCAGCAAUAACAGUGGGCUUAGAUCAAAACAGUUAAAAUGCGGAGAAAAUAAUUUUAGCUACAAAGGUAAUUUAGACAUACUUCAGAAAAGCCCUGAUUUAGUUGAAGAAUCCUAUGAUAUUACAGAUACCUUUCUUGAAAAUAUAAAUGGUGAAGUGUUUCUAAGCUCUGCUCAGUCAGAAAGCAAUCGAAUAGAUGAGAAUACACCUGUUGUUUUUUGUCUCCUGAACAAUCACAACAAAAUAUGGAGCAAAGUUUUGAGAAUAUAGUCAGAAAUGAAAAUGGUGACAUGAACAACUUAUCAAAUCUUGUUACGGUUCAACAAAAAGAUUUAAAGGUUUUGGUGGAAAAUAGCUGCCACAUGAAAAUUAAGAUCAAUCAAAUGCUUAUUGUAAUGAAACAAAUGCACGACAAACUUAA